AAGUAAAGGGGCCUAAAUCAUCUUCUAAAAUCCUUUUGAUGGUUGGAGAACUUCUACUGUUGCGACGGUGGAUUUGGCUUUUAUAUACGUGAGCGUUACAUGGAGUUUUUUUAAGUGCAAAUGGCCACAUGAAAAUUGCUAUUAGUAUCUAAUGGCGGGAGUGAGGAAGGGAUUAAACUUACCAUAUAUGGGACUAUAAAUACUAAUUUUGAUUAAAUAUAUAUGUGACCAAGUAUAAAAUUUCAUAAAUCAUAGGACAAAAGUAGGGGACCAGUAUUUGAGUUUUUUGGUCCAUGUCUAGCAAAGGUGUGGUAGGCAAAACAAGAAGACGUUUCAGUCUUCAUCAUCUCCACUACCCAUACCCUUUUCAAAAUAAUUCAUCUCCACUACCCAUACGCUAUCCUCUGAAAUUCUUUCUUCCUCUCAAAAUGGCUGCAAAGGAUGACGAGCUAGACUUUGAGUAUCCCACAUACUUCAGAGUCUACAAAAACGGCCGUGUCGAACGACUGGAGGGGAAUGAGUCCCUUCCCGUCGGCGUUGAUCCUCAAACAGGCGUCACGUCCAAGGAUGUAACAGAUAUAGUCCCUGGAACAGAGGUCUAUGUCAGAAUCUAUCUCCCUAAGCUUAGCAACAGCAGCAACACUCAAAAGUUACCUCUCCUCGUUUACACCCAUGGAGGGGGGUUCUGUCAUUUCUCACCCUCUUCUGCCCUCUACCACAAUUACCUGAAUGCCCUUGUAGCAGAAUCCCAGGUUGUAGCAGUUUCUGUGCACUACAGAAGGGCUCCUGAGCACCCUCUUCCUGUUCCGUACGAGGAUUCUUGGGCUGCGCUCCAGUGGGUGGCUUCCCAUCGUAGUGGAGAUGGGCCUGAGGCUGUACUCAACCAGCACGCGGAUUUCAGACGCGUGUUUCUCGCCGGUGAUAGCGCCGGCGGGAACAUAGCCCAUAACUUGGCUAUGAGGGCAGGGAGUGCCGAUGCGGGGUUAAACCUGGAAAUUCUUGGAAUUGCACUGGUGGAUCCGUAUUUCUGGGGGUCGAAGCCUGUCAGGUCGGAGUUACUGGACCCGGAUGGGAAGGCUUUUGGUGAUCAGUUAUGGCGGCUGCUGAGCCAGUCGUCGGGCCUGGAUCAUGAUGACCCAAAAAUAAACCCGGUGGCGGAGGGUGGGCCGAGCUUAUCGGGGCUGGGGUGCAGGAGAGUGCUGGUGAGUGUGGCAGAGAAGGAUAUAUUGAGGGAUAGAGGUAGACUAUACUUUGAGGUAUUGGGUGGGUGCGGGUGGAUGGGUAUGGUUGAGAUCCAUGAAGUGGAAGGGGAGGGUCAUUGCUUCCAUUUGUUUGACUUGAAUCAUGAGAAGGCUAAGGAAAGGAUGAGAAGAAUGUCUGAUUUCUUCAACAGACAUUAGACUAUACAUCGGUCUUUCUCUAUUCUUGAACUGAAUGCUUACAAAUGUGUCGUUUGUUGGACCAUCGGUGAUAUGUAUUCUAAAUAAAUUGGAAAUAUUAUGGUUGUGGUUUUAUGUUUGAACCGAA